UAUAAAUUGUUCGAUGGCUGAAAUGAAAAUUCACCAUUCUAUUAAUAUAAAAAAUUAGUAAGAGAGUUGUUUCCAGAGAUAUCUCCAUUUUGCGUGACACGAUGGCGCUUCGUGCUACUCAAUCGACUGGCCGUAUCGCGGCGGCGACGCUACGGCGUGUCGCUCGACCUUUCUCAACGGACGCGGUGGUGGAGACGGAUUACAAGCGUGGGGAGAUCGGUAAGGUCUCCGGAAUCCCCGAGGAGCAUCUUUCCCGCAAGGUGAUAAUAUACUCACCAGCUAGAACUGCGACUCAGCAAGGAUCUGGCAAACUUGGCAAAUGGAAGAUCAACUUCCUCUCCACCUUAAAGUGGGAGAAUCCAUUGAUGGGAUGGACUUCUACAGGUGACCCUUAUGCCAAUGUCGGUGACUCCGCUCUUUCUUUUGAUUCUGAGGAUGCUGCCAAGUCCUUUGCUGAGCGUCAUGGCUGGGAUUAUACUGUCAAGAAACCCAAAACGCCACUACUGAAGCCCAAGUCUUACUCGGACAACUUCAAGUGGAAAGGCAAUCCUCAGCCUGAGAAGUGAUCAUGAUCUUACAUCUUCUUCUUCCUCCAUUUCUCGGAGCAAAAGGAGAGACCUCAUUUGAUAAAUAAAAAGAAAGCUCUCAUGGUUUCUUUCUUUUAUUUGUAGCAUCUGUGAGCUUUUCUCUGAACUAAUAUUAUCCAUGGUUGGAUUCUUUCUGUAUGUUUCCUUAUCAUACCAAUAAUACGAUGAUGGUGAUGAUAAACACUCUUCUGAUGUUUCAUCAAUCUUUCUGAUCAAAUCAAUCUUCUCAA